AUGUCGAGCGCUGCCGCCGAGGCCAGGAAGGGCAAGAAGAAGGGUCUAUCGAUGGACGAGAAGGUCAUCCUCGUCGAGCGAUGGAUGGCUGCCCACCCGCAACCCUACACGCUGAAGGAGUUGCAGCAACUAAUCCCGAAGCACACGCCCGUCAUCUACCAGAGCGUUGAGGAGUGUGUGCAGCUCCUGGUCGCUGAGGAACGCAUUGAAGAGGAUCGUGUCGGCGUGAGCACGCUGCUCUGGAAGUUCCCGCCAACAGCAACGCAGCUGGCAAACCGAUCAAGCUGGCAACCUGGAAGGAACGGCGGACUGGGCAGCAGCUCUGCGAGCAGUGCAGCGGGAUCUUUGUGUCCUACGUCGUACACGGAACUGCUGCGACGCUUGACGGCCAGCGGUACGGAGGCACAGCGGCCGCAACAGCAGGUGUCGGCAGAGACGAUGGAGCGCUGGUGCGCACUGACGCCCGAUCCGCAGCUGCGCGAAUGGCAUGCCUUGCUCCAGGCAGAGAACGAGCGUGCCAUGGCAUCUCUCGCUCUAGAACGAGAGCGACUUGGCUUUCUUGGCAGCAGUGGCAACGGUGAGCAGGACAGCGAAGACGCGUCAGCUGGCGAGGCAUCCAUGCUUGCUGAGCUCGCGUGCCUUCAGCAACUUGCGCUGCAGCGAGCUCAACUCCUUGCGGAGCACAAGAACAUGUCCUCUCGUCAGGCACUCCCCGAGUUACUGGACCAGCUUAACCGUUCCUCCUUCAUCGCGCUCGAGGCCGCCAACAGGUGGACGGACAACUACUAUCUUGCUGAGGAAGAGGUGGUGGGGAAGGCGGGCUUUGGUGGCAGCCGCCGCGACGUCCGGGAGGCCCUGCAGCUUCCGUUGGAUCUGAGCUACCUCUCCGACGAGAGUGACGCCGAAUCGAGCAUCUUCGGUGGCCAUGAGCGGCGAGAGGUCGGCGGAUGCAACAGCUCUCAUCUAUCGUGUGCCCCAGCGCAUGAUGCGGCCCCGCAGCCAUCUUCACCGCCGCAGCAGGGAAGUAAUCUUUGCGAUGCCGGCAGACCUUCCUCAGCACAGAGUAAGCAGCCAGCCAGCACGGUGCCCCCCGGCAAUGACGCUUUCCCGGUCACGCACGCUGAUGUCAGAGGCAGCGACCCCGCACCGGCAGCUGUGGCAACACCGUCAGCCUCAGACACAGAUGCCGCUGUACCACUCUCCACAGCCGCGAAGCCGAAAAAGGCGAAGACCGCCACGGCGCCGUCGGCGAAGCGAAGCACAGGCAAGCGUGCUCGCUCAUGA